AUGGCCGCGUGGCUCCGGUCGUCGUCCACCCUGCGGCUCGCGUCGCCCUUCCUCCUCCGUCGCGCCCUCGCCUCCGCCACCACCUCGUCCUCCUCCUUCACACCUCGUUCCGACCGCGACCGCCACUUCCUCGCGGCCUUACGGGUCUUUUUCCAAUUAGAAGGCCACUUUACCGUGCCGGCCGCUUUCGUCGUACCAACGCCGUCGUCUCCGGCCGACGCGCGCGCGUCCCCGUGGCCCCCGGAAACGCACGGCAUGGACCUUGGCCAGCGUCUCCGCCUCUUUACCCGCGGUCGGUCCAUGCCGUACAAGAGCGCGAUGCUCCAGAGCAUCGGCUUCCCAUUUGCUGAUUGGCGCGCGUACGUCUGGGAGCAGCAGCUUUUGCCGGCGCUCCAGGUGUUCCAAGCGCUAGAAGGCCAUUUAUUCGUCCGCCAAGACUUUCAAGUGCCGCUCCAGGACCCCAAGUGGCCGCGGGCCGCCUGGGGCGUUAACUUGGGCUCACUAUGCCAAGUGCUUCGUCGGGACGCGUCGGUGACGCGGAGGCGGGACGACGACACGGACCGCUUGGCGGUCGAUAGAAGGGACGUGCUCAAUGCUAUGGGUUUUAUCUGGAGCGACACCCAGUGGAAGUGGGAGACGCAGUUCCUCAAGGCACUCGGUAGCUACCGAGCGCUCUUUGGCCAUUGCAAUGUGCACCACACGUUCCGUGUGCCGUCUCCAGACGACAAAGACAGUCACUUGACGGCCUUUUGGCCGGCAGCGACGGCGGGGUACCGUCUUGGCCACAUUGUAGCCAAAGUCCGCACUAGUGUGCACGAAGACGAUCAAACUUUGACGCUGCAACAAGUGGCUGAAUUGCAGGAGCUGGAGUUUUUUAGUCAAGAGAAAAAGUCGACGAUGGUCUGGCGGGACGCGAUCUUGCCGUCGUUACGGCUCUAUCCAAAGCUGUUUCAGGGCGAGACGUGCAUUCCAGUGGACUUUGUCGUGCCGGAUGAUGACGAUAGGUGGCCGGAGAAAGCAAGGGGGAUGAAGUUGGGCUACAUUGUCGCCUCGAUCCAGUUGAAACAAGUGUUUCAAGCGGAACUUCAAGACGAUCGACGAGAGUUGACAGAGAUUGGGUACACGUGGGAAGCACUUGUGGGAAAGUGGGCGAAAGAACUGGUGCCGGCGCUGUAUUGGUACAAGAAGACAUUUGGUCAUUGUGAUGUGCCGUCGUACUACGUCGUACCGACGACGGAGACGUCGUGGCCUAAGAAGCUGCGUGGCUAUCAAUUGGGCAAACAGGUUGUUCGCGUGAGACGCAGUGGACGUGGGAAUGACGAGGUCGCGGAUGUCCUGAUGGAUCUUGAUGCCAUCGGGUUCAAGUUUAGCGCGUUCGAGAGUAACUUUGUCGACCGGGUCCUGCCGGCUCUUGAAGUGUAUGCAAAAACGUACGGGGAUACGCAUGUUCCACAAGGCUUUAUUGUACCAUCGGAAAGCACGUGGCCACAGCCGUCAUGGGGGACGAAGCUUGGUCAUACUGUGCGUAACAUACGCAAUCGCUGUCAACAUGCUCAGCAGGUGGAGAAGUACCGUGAACGGCUGAAGAACAUUGGGUUUGUGUGGAGCAUUUACAAGUCCACGGCAGCAACGAAGCGCGAUAUUGUGGACCCGUGUGUCGCGAUUUACAAGAAAGAGCACGGCAAAAAGGCAGAGAUCCCGCGAAGUUUUGUAGUACCAGCUGACGAUUCGCGCUAUCCGGAGAUGGCUCGAAGCUUUGAGCUUGGUGCAUGGCUUGCCCGAUACAACAAGCGCACAAACGGGCUGCUUCCGAUACAGACCCAAGAAGGCAGAAAGAAAGCUGUCGCGGCCCGUCAUACGUCCGUCGAACGAAAUCUUACACCUCACGCCGAGCAGUAUUGGAAGGAUGUAUUGCUAUGCUCGUUCCAAGUUUACGCAAAGCUGCAUGGCAGUUGUAAAGGCAUGGACGGCAGCUUCGUUGUGCCAAACGAGAGCGCAUACCCGCAACCUGCUUGGGGACUGAACCUCGGCCUUCGCUUGCGCCACCUUCGCCACGGUAUUCGGUAUACCAAGGAAAUUGAGAAAUACAAACACGAGCUCCUAGAUUUGGGUGUGCUGCCUCAUGAAGACACUGGUCCGCUAGAGUCAAAGAGCAGGGAGGAUACUAACAAACAAGACGGUUGUCGUGAGAAUGGUGGGCUGAACGAUAAAGAAAACCUUACUGAUGAAGGCGAGUUCAGUACUGAAGAAGACAACCGUGAUGAUGAGGAAGAUGGCAGCGAAGAAUGCGAAGAUGGUACUACUGGAGGUGGACCAAGCAGGAGAGCACACAUUAACUAG